AUGAACAUCCUCGACACGUUAUUUGGCCGGACGGUGACCCCGGCGGAGCGGAUGAGGCAACAUCAACGCUCGCUGCAGAAGGCACAAAGGGAGCUUGAGAGGGAGAAGAGCAAGUUGGAACAGCAGGAGAAGAGGACAAUGGCGGACAUCAAGAAGAAUGCUAAAGCGGGGAAUAUGAACGCCUGCAAAAUUCUCGCAAAAGAUCUCGUCCGGACACGGCGGUACAUGCAGAAGUUUACGCAGAUGCGGGUCCAGCUGCAAGCUGUGUCACUCCGGAUGCAGACGCUGAGGAGUAAUGAGCAGAUGGCGAGUGCGAUGAAGGGCGCUACUCGAGCAAUGGGCCAGAUGAAUCGAUCCCUCAAUCUCCCUCAGAUCCAAAAGAUCAUGAAUGACUUUGAAAAGGAGUCGUCAACGAUGGAUAUGAAGGAAGAGAUGAUGUCGGAUGCGGUCGAUGACGCGAUGGAGGGAGAGGAUGAGGGUGAGGGCGAGGAGGCGGAGGGCGACAAGAUUCUGAAGGAGGUGCUGGAUGAGAUUGGAAUGAGCAUGAACGACUCGCUCGCAUCCGCACCGACCGUCAAUCCAUUAGCGAACGAGCCUGUCGCGAACAGCCGAGUCGCCGUCGCUGAGGGAUUGACGAGCUCGCCUGUUGCACCCACUGGAGGAGGUGCCGCUACUGGAGCGGCUGCUGGUGGAGGGGGUGGUGGCGGACCGAUGAACAGAGACGAGGAGGCUUUGCAGAAGCGGCUGGACGCGCUAAGAAGGGACUAG